AUGCGCACCAGAUCCCAGGGCGGUGUUCCACGUACGGUGGAUGUGGUGCAGCUUGCUCGCGACCAAAGAGGCCUCGACAGAUUGGAAGGGUGGGUGGAGGGAUAUAGUGCCGGCUUUACGCCUCAGUGGUGGGCCCAGACACCGGUCGGAUACGGGACCGUGGCUAAACAGGCUCAUGUGCGUCACGAGCUUCUUAGUCGCCUCGACGCCACUGGUGACCGGACCAUCCCAGCCGAGAUCAUCAUCACGAUAUUCGAGUACCUUGGUAUGGCUCUGGAGGAUCGGAUGCAUGGCACCUACCCAAAGUACCACAUCACCUUCGACGAUAUGAAUGACUUGAUCGAGGACGUCUUCAGUCACUUUCCAAGUGCCCGACUGCGACGGACUGCGUUUGAGGCAUUUCGCAAGGUCAUGGUGUUCGUCAGGAACGACCAUUGCGAGGAGGACGUCAUCGACGGCAUCGAUGCCAAGGCUAUCACGACUCACUUCGAUGACCAACUGCGCAACGUCGUCAACCUGCACUUCCCGGUGUAUCUGCGAUAUAUUCCGGACGUGAUCGACGACCCAGACCGGGAAGGCAUCACAUUGCAGGAGCUGCUUGCCAGACCCCGCAACGACAGAGAAGAGGCACUCAAACUGCAACACAAGAUGCGACACCUGCGAACCGUCCUCGUUGACAUCCGAGAGUUUGCUCACAUCGGAUCGACGGAGGACGCCACCUCAUGGUUCGAGGACACAAGAGACGAGGUCAAGAGGCUGGUGGAGGGUGAAUAUGCCCCGAUGCUCACAGCUUUCGUGGCGGGUCUUCAUGCUCUAGCCGGUGCGGGAAUCAAGGUCCAUCUACAGGUCAGCAUGUAUAACGGGUGGGAGAAAACGUUGAGCGCUGUUCAGCUUAGGGAAGAAAUCAGCGUACAGGAGACUUGCAAAGCACUGCUCAAGCCCAUCGAAGACGGCGUUCAGCAGACACGAGAACGUCACGCUUACGAGGAUGCGGAGCAGGAUAGGUGUAUGUCGGACUGA